CCGCCCUCUGUAUUGACUUAUACCACACAUGUCCUCAGUGCAGGAGGCCGGCGACCAUUAUCUUGUAGACCAGUCUGGCAGAUGCAGCAUCAAUAGGUUUCCUGGCCGUGUUGUGACGUCAGGAGCGGCGGCCAUCUUCCCCUGGUCUGAGCUCCGCCUUCCUUCUAUCAUUCCCACGAGGCAGCAGGAGCAGAGAGCAGCCAUUGCUGUGUCUGGCAGCAGACAAUCCAGCUGUGAGGAGCGAGAGGUGUUAUUACAAGGAGCACUCAGAAUGGAAAAUGACAAGAAUGACCAGACUGAUAGGAUAAUAAAUCUCACACUGGAAAUAAUCUACCUGCUGACUGGGGAGGGUUACACAGUAGUGAAGAAGACAUCCAUUGAGUGUGAAACAUCCAUCAGCCAUCUCUGUGUGUCAGGAGGACUGAGCAGGACCCAAAGCCUCGUCACAGUGCCUCCACCUCACUCACUGAUACAUGAGCGGCACAAUGACCUGAAGGUCCGGGAUCUCACCAACAAGAUCAUUCAGCUGCUGACUGGAGAGGGGACUGCUGGGAAUGGGACAUUGUACAGUGAUCAGCAGUGUAAGGAGGAGGAAAUCCCUACAGAUAUCAGCACAGAUGGAUGUAACAGGAAUAUCUCAGAGGAUCAUCUUAUUUUAUCUCCAGACUGUGAAAUAGAAGAUAAUGACAUCACACAAGAUUCUCCAGGAGAAAACCCGUUCACCUCAAUUCUUUAUCCAGUAGAUCACAGUGUGGAUACGUCACCUGAUUCCUCUAACCAUGACCAAUGUUCUCCUGAUAAUGCUGAUAUUGGCCCAUCUAUUAUAGCUCUUACAGUAGAUAAAAUAUUUCCAGAUUCUGUAGAUUCCAAAUGUUUUACACAGACCACAGCUGUGACAGAUGAGAAGCCAUUUUCAUGCUCUGAGUGUGGGAAAUGUUUUACACGUAAAUCACAUCUUGUUAGACAUCAGAGAACUCACACAGGUGAGAAACCAUUUCCAUGUUCUGAAUGCGGAAAGUGUUUUAUACGCAUAUCACAUCUUUUUAGACACAAGCAACUUCACACAGGUGAGAGGCCAUAUCAAUGCUCUGAGUGUGGAAAUUUUUUUACAUAUAACUCACAUCUUGUUAGACAUAAGAAACAUCACACAGGUGAGAAACCAUUUGCAUGCUCUGAGUGUGGGAAAUGUUUUACAGACAAAUCACAUCUUGUUACACAUCAGAGAAGUCACACAGGUGAGAGAUCAUUGCCAUGUUCUGAGUGUGGGAAAUGUUUUGCACAGAAAUCAGAUCUUUUUAGACAUCAGAGAAUUCACACAGGUGAGAAGCCAUUUCUAUGUUCUGAGUGUGGGAAAUGUUUUACACAGAAAUUAGAUCUUGUUACACAUCAGAGAAGUCAUACCGGGGAGAAACCAUUUAUGUGUACUGAGUGUUGGAAAUGUUUUACACAGAAAUCAAAUCUUGUUAGACAUAGGAGAAGUCACGCAGGUAAGAAGCCAUUAACCCCUUAACUGACUAAUAUUUUUUUCCAAAAAAAACAUUCAAAUUGUUUUUUUUAUGACUGAAUUAGCUUAAGAACAUCUGUAUUAACAUCAAUGGUCGGAACAUUGCGACCAUCUCAACUUCAGUUUUUGGUGCCUACUUUCUGCAGCAUCUGGGGGUCCACAGAGAAGGCAGAGGCUCUUUUUGCACAUUUCUACUAAUGUCAUCAGCCUUGGUGGAGAGUACUACCGGGCUUACCAAUAAGCAUUGAUCAGCAGCACAGCAGGCAUUGGGGGUGAAGGGAACCAGGAAGCAGAGGGACCAAAGCUUGAUAAACUUGCCAGGAACAGCGAAAUGCAUCAGCCUUAAGACCCUGCCAGUGUAUAGAACUGACUUGGGCCAGAUUUAUUCCACCCAACACCUGAAGGACAACUUUAAUGUCAUACACUCCAGCUCACUAUCUAUGGCCCAGGAUUCCAUUAACAUCAGUUGCCGUUGCCAUACGAGCAGAUACCCAUCUGGAUUCUGAAUAUUGGAACACGGACCUGCUGGAUUACUUUUUAGACAAAUUGCUUGAUUCAAGUGCAUAUUGACUGUCCAGUUGGUAAUUCAUCUCAUGGUGAUACUUUCGAGACUCUAUAUACUGGCCUGCACAACUUGUCUAUUUUAUAGAGACUGCUUCUAUAUUCAUUUAUGAAUUUUAAAAUUGUGUUUUUGUGAUAUUAAAUUUCGAAUUAUGUGACAAUUCA